UUCAUUCAAUCUGUCCAAUUCCAACCCAACCUAAAAAUCCUAAUUCAUUCAAUCUAUUUUGAAGCGCACACACAUCUUCCUAUCUUUUUCCUUCAAAUGAUGCAGCACCAACUAUGAGGAUUCAUUGGAUUGUGAAGCUGAUUGAUGUCCUUCUUCUGUACCCCUUAAAGUUGCUAGAAGCAAUGAGAAGCUCUUGCAAAAUCUCGACUCCCUGCGCUUCAAAUUGGAUCCCUCCUAUGUCUAUGAAGUUAAGCCCUGCAGAGUUGUGAUUCCUCCUUGAUGAUUUUUAUUAUAGCCUGAGGAGGGUUGGAGAGUUGAAGCUCCAAUUAGUUUGUAGGUUGCAUGUGUAAGUCAUUUUUGCUACUUCAUGAGCCAGUGAAUUUUCUUGUCUUGGGAUUCAUGUAAAACCAUUGCCUGUGUAUCAAUGUUGCAUUUUAUCCAAUCCUUGGGUGGUGGAUGCCAGACUGCAUUGAAUUUGAGCUCUGGCGAGGUGGACGGCAACCUCUUCGAACUCGAAUCCCCUGAAUCAACGGACACAGUGCUCGACCGCCAUCUUCUGCACUUGACCGCCACCUAAGCUGCUUGAUCGAUCGUUUACAUGGCUCCUGCACCUUUCAUGGGAUCCUUGCUGCUCGGCGAUACCCGACUCACUUCUGAAAUCCUGUUUUCACGCCAAAACCUGGGCCAUCCUCUUUUUGGACUGAGUCACUCUGGGUAACACUUAGAGCUUUUGCCUCAGAUCACAAAUGCUCUGGCUAAGAGACGUUUCUUUCUUUUUUUUUUGUAUUAUCAAUGAAAUAUGAGAACAGAAUUUCUAAUGGUGGUUGCAUGCUCCAAUUUGAAUGAAGGUUCCCUAAUUCUGCUUCUCUGGCCACUUUAUGUGCAAGAAGUUUUCCUUCUCUGGGAGUCCAAGUUAUGCCCCUACCAGAAUUCCGUGCCAUCUUUCAAACUUCUCGGAUGAACCACAACUGAGUUCAACUUCUCAUUGUUGCAUUAUGAAGAGGCUCUUCUGCUGAUUUGGCGAACCAGGAGACAGUUCAGAAGGUCUGUGACAUAGUCAAGAAGCAAUUGGCACUGCCAGAGGGUUCAAGUGUCACUGGAGAGUCCAAGUUUGCUGCCCUUGGAGCUGAUUCUCUUUACACAGAUUGAAGUUUUGCAAUUGAAUAUGGCCAAUGUGCUUUUGGAGAAAGGGAUUGAUUUGAAUGCAGAGGAUGAAGAAGGGUAUGCUAAUAUCAUGCACAAAUACAUGAAAAAUUCAUAGAGAAGCUUUUGUGCUGAUGUGGCAGAGGUUUUGGUGAAGAAAGGUGCUGAUGUUGAAGCCAGGAGUAUGAAGGUCAAUUCUGUCGGUGCUAAGGUGUUAGAAUUUAUAGCUGAUUUUGGAAAGCCUACUGCACUGCUUCCUUAAGCUAUUGUUGCUUGUGUUCCAACAAAAGUUCACAUUGAUGGAGCAGGUGAAACAGAAUUCAAGAUAUCUCCAACUGAAAUUACAGAUGCUAUAAAAGCAGGAUUGGAUCAGCCUAUAAUGCCAGAGCCUGAGGAUGAAGAACAUGAAAACAAAGGAAAAGAUGAGAGCUGUGAAGCUGCUGAAAGCCGUGCAUCUGAAAGGGAAGAUGCAACUGACGAGAAAUAGGACCAGAGUUUUCUCUACCUUUACAUCUACAAUGAUGAGGCUGAGGGUCAUCAUAUAAUAUGAUAUCUGCUUGCCCUGACGGUCCAAUAUAUCAAAAUGAUGCGGCUGGACCCAACAAUAUGGUGGAAGGUUUGCCACGUUCAAAUGAGGCUGUUGGUAUCAGUAACAGUGGUCUUGAAACUUGCAUUAGAGAAAUACAUGAAAAGUUUGAUGAAUUAAGCAUAUUGGAAGAACUACAGGAAGAACAAAAUGAAUGAUUGGUUAAAGAAAGUAGAAGCCACCAUCUUUCCAGCUCACCGCAGCUGGCCAAAUUGCUUCCCCAACAUAAAGACAAAAUAGUAGACGUGUUGCAAGAAGAGUUAUUUUAUCUUUCAUCACCUUUUUCAUUACCUAUUUUUACCUACACCAAACCCUAAACCCUUCUUUGAAACGCCGUCCACCGUCACCUGUCAAGAAACUGCAGUGCGCCACCUCGCUCAGAACGGAGACAAUGUUCCGUAGCUGCUCCACGCCGCACUACUGCCUCUCUUCCACGCCACAUUACUGCCUCUCUUCCACGCCACACCGCUGCAUCUCCAUCUCCCCUGAAGCCCGCGAAGUGUCGUCCCUACCUCCGCCCCUGCUCCCCUCAGCGACACCGUGUCUCUGUUCCCAACCGCCGCGCGUUCCAGUCGUUAGUACCCCCUCCCUCGUUUCAUCCCAAUUCACCUAUUACGUUUUAUCUCAGAAAUUAAACACUAAUUUGUGCCUUCUCCAUUUCUCCUCAGUUAACUCCACUGCCGCCGUGCCGUCUUCGCUCUACUGCCGCACCAUCGUCACUCCACUACCGCUGCUUCCGUCGUCUCUCCGUCACAUUCGCGUUGCCGUUGCUCCCUCACACUCGCAUCGCCAUUGCGCCGUCACACUCGCGUCGCCCUCUCUAUGUCCUUCAAAUUCAGUGCCAUCUUUCAAACUUUAUGGAUGAACCACAACUGAGUUCAACUUCUCAUUGUUGCAUUAUGAAGAGGCUCUUCUGCUGAUUUGGCGAACCAGGAGACAGUUCAGAAGGUCUGUGACAUAGUCAAGAAGCAAUUGGCACUGCCAGAGGGUUCAAGUGUCACUGGAGAGUCCAAGUUUGCUGCCCUUGGAGCUGAUUCUCUUUACACAGAUUGAAGUUUUGCAAUUGAAUAUGGCGAAUGUGCUUUUGGAGAAAGGGAGGAUCAACGGAGUGCACGUGCUUUUGGAGAAAGGGAUUGAUUUGAAUGCAGAGGAUGAAGAAGGGUAUGCUAAUAUCACGCGCAAAUACAUGAAAAUUUCAUAGAGAAGCUUUUGUGCUGAUGUUGAAGCCUGGAGUAAGACGGGUUAAUUCUGUCGGUGCUAAGGUGUUAGAGUUUAUAGCUGAUUUUGGAAAGCCUACUGCACCGCUUCCUGCAGCUAUUGUUGCUUGUGUUCCAACAAAAGUUCACAUUCAGGGAGCAGGCAAAACAGAAUUCAAGAUAUCUCCAACUGAAAUUACAGAUGCUAUGAAAGCAGGAUUGGAUCAGCCUAUAAUGCCAGAGCCUGAGGAUGAAGAACAUGAAAACAAAGGAAAAGAUGAGAGCUGUGAAGCUUUUGAAAGCGGUGCAUCUUAAAGUGAAGAUGCAACUGACGAGGCAAUGUGUGGAAAAGUGAAGUGGGUGAUUUGCUUCGCUUGUUGCAUAAAGAAGACUGAAGGAUCUAAAACUAAGGUGUUGAAUUAAAUGACGAUGCUGUUAUUUCUUGUUCGUUGGUGGAGUUGUGUGUUUGUGCUGCGAAAUUCAGGAGUUGUUAAUGCUCAGUAUUACCGAACUGUUGGAGAUAAAAUCCUUCCAUUCAGCAAAAUUAUUGUUGAUUCUUUGGGACAUGGCAACUUUUCUACAAUUCAAUCUGCCAUUGAUUCUGUCCCUUCCAACAAUAAGUAUUGGGUUUCAAUCAAUGUCAAGCCUGGUAUUUACAGGGAGAAAGUGACGAUUCCAAUUGAUAAACCUUACAUAAUAUUGAAGGGAAGUGAAAAGAUGAGAACUUGGGUUGAAUGGGAUGACCAUAAUACAACUGCUCAGAGCCCCACGUUCCAAUCCAUGGCUGAUAAUAUCGUCGUCAAAUCCAUUUCUUUUAGAGUAACUAACCAUUUAUAUUUAAUUAAUUAUAUCAUUCUCUGCCUAUUUUUAUUUCAUCUCUUAAAUAUUAUUAAUAUAUACAACAAUUCAAUAAAUAAAAAUUCCAGGGUUCCUGCAUUAGCUGCACUAAUAAGUGGAGACAAGUCUUACUUUUAUAAUGCACUAAUAAGUGGAGACAAGUCUUACUUUUAUAAAGUUAGAUUUUUUGGAUUGCAAGAUACUUUAUGGGACAAUCAAGGAAAACAUUAUUACAAAUUUUGUACUAUUCAAGGUGCUGUUGAUUUUAUCUUUGGUGCCGGCCAGUCAUUGUUUGAGAGGUGUAACAUAAAUGUGAUUGGAAGGGCAUUAGGCGAAGGGUUUGUAGGAUAUAUAACAGCACAAGGAAGAGAACGUCCAAAAGAUUCAAAUGGGUUUGUAUUCAAGAAUUGUAGUAUCUCUGGAGAUGGUUCUACUUUUUUGGGAAGACCUUGGAGACCUUAUGCUAGAGUUUUCUUCUACAGUACAAAUAUGACCAACAUUAUUCAACCUGCUGGUUGGGAUCUGUGGAAUUCCUCUCAAAAUGAGUAAGACUCUAUCAGUAUG